CGGCCCUACCUGCUGCUUACUCUUUUUAAUACCUAAUUUAUUGGAAGCAAACUUGCAAAGUUUGAUCAAAGAACUUGCGUACAUCUGAAUCCCAAGAAAGGAGCAGCAGCAGCAGCAGCAGUAGCAAAUCUGCUGCUCGUCACUUAUUAGAUCGAACAAGGAAGCCUUAGGAUUCGUAGGAAGGGCGUCCAUUCCAAUUUCUGAUCCUGACUCUGAGCGUCCGACAGUAAAAGGGGUGCCAAACUGCCUCGCAAGAAGGAAUAUGCGAGGAUCUGAAAGAGGUCCUGUCUACUCAGCAGCCGACUCUUUUGAUUAUGCUUGCCCUCAUUUCAAACACAUUGUUUCAUAGACGUCCCGGGAUCAGCAGCUGCUAGGGUUGGCACGCAAAGAGGAGUCCAAAAAUCCACUUGAGGAAGGAGAAGCCAGCUAGGCUAGCUGAUGUCUGCAAUGGGCAUCUCGGCUGAGGAGCUCAGCACAAUCGGCGGCAUUGCAACGGUGUCCACGCUGCACGCAUUCAUCCCAACGCAUUGGCUUCCAUUCUCCGUAGUGGGACGGGCGCAGAAAUGGACCCUGACAACCACGUUGGCAGUUACGGCACUGGGCGCCUUCUGCCACACGGCCUCUACUUCGCUUCUAGGCCUCGGCGCUGUGAAGAUGGCGCAUUCGGUGCUCCCCGAGGAAGUGGUCCACUCCUUCGCAAGCCUUUUACUGGUUGUGCUCGGUUUUGGGUACAUUGUUCUCUUCUUAACAGGGCGGGGGGGGCACUCGCACGCAGGGCAUAACCACAAUAUGGAGAAGGCAGCCGUGGCGGGUUUGAUUUUGGUACCCACCCUUUCGCCGUGCGCUACCGUCUUGCCGGUGUUUCUUGCCGUUGGAAACAGCAAAGACGGGAGCUUCCUAGUCUUGGUCGUUGUUCUCCUUCUUGCCACCCUCACAGUAAUGCUGGCGUUGGUAACGAUAAGUUUCCUGGGAGCUGCCCAGCUAAAGUUUGAAUUCAUGACGAGGUAUGAUAAGCUGUUGGUUGGUGUGGUUCUCUGUCUAGUGGGCAUUCUUACAAAUGUGUUUCACCAUCACGAUCACGAUGAAUUGGUGACAGCAGAGGUAACAUGAGAGAACGCCUAUUAUGACCCCCGUCACCCAUUUAGUUUGAACAUCCAAAGAACUGCUCACGAGAUUGUACAGGAAAACCAGCUUAAAUUGCCCCCAGUCACUCGCUCAUUCAAGAAUCUUGCUGGUCAGGAUCGCUUCUUGUGGCAUUAAUCCCAUUGGAUAGAUGGGCAACUUGCUUUUGUUGUGAUUAGCAGCUGGAAAGCAUCUGCCAAGAGGCCU